AAACAGGAGCAAAGUUCAAAGCUCAUGAGAUUUUAUUUCCGUGUGACUGUCCAAAAGUUCUUCUUCAUCAGCAGUUCAGUGGAGCACAAGGUUAACUGAUUUCACCCAGGAUAUCCCUGAUGGAAAAUUAGUUGGAAAGAUUGGCUUCUUUUUUACUACCUCCUUUUAUUUUUCACUUAAAAGACAUAAAAAAUCCAUUGAUAUUUACCGUAAUUUUUUUUUUCAAGAAAGUCUGGCUGGAAUUCAACAAAAUGUAUUUGUACUCCUUCGGUCCUCAUACACACUGAUCCUGGUUCAACUCAGAGUGAUUUGUAACUGACAGGUGCCGUUUACUCUAAAGAUAUAAUGAAGCGAUUAUGUUUCUGUACUGCAAGAUUGCCUUUACUGUACUGAGGUCAGAUGUGUGCUGUGUCCUAGCCAGUCAGGUUUACAUAACUAGCCAUAAAAGUGAUUGUCAAGUCAUAGAGAAAUGAUAAGAUAAUGCCCUACAGCCUGUUAGUGCCAUCUGGAAAGGCAGUCGUGUGUGUCAUGACAGCGAAAGACGGACAAAGUGGAACAGAGCGACCAGGAAGAGAUUCAGCAUUGGCACCGAGGUCAAAGGUCAGCUCAGAAGACUAACACACAAACAGAGAGAAACGCAUGUGGAACAACACAGGAAGAUAGAGAAGGAAAAGAAGAGCAAAAAUCAAGAAGUUUGGUCUUAUUUUGAGGUGGAUUUGAAUACAGCCAUCAUCCAUUAUGUUUCUUUUCUUCAACCAUGACUCAAAACUUCAGAAAAUUUGAAAAGGACUAAAUCAUUUUCAAGGUAUCUUUGAUACCGGAUCUACUGGAACUGCUCCAUCUGGACCUUUACGUCUUACAUCCUUUUGCAUGGUAAAGAAACCCGUGCCAGCGUGGAAAUGCUGAAUUUCCGUCAGAGGACAUGGAAUGUGCCCAGCAUGUCAACAUUCCCAGAGGUUCCAGGGGGAAUGUUGAUCAACUACAGUCCUCUGAAUGAGCUUCCCCGGAUUCAUGCCCACAGGCCUCAUACUACGGGCUUGGUGGCCGCCCGCGUGCAGCGCUUCGAAGCUGGGGAUGCACCACCUCCGAGCCCCAAGCCUGUGGCUACACCAACCCUUCCUAACAGCCCCACGUAUCCACCGGGAGAUACUAAACAAGGGAUCAAGGGUCAAGCGCGGCGGCGAAAGAACAUGCCGGAGUUUCUGGGUGAGGCCAGCGUCCCCAAUCAAGACUCUGUAUCCCAGUUGAGCGGUUCUCUUCCUGGGUCUAUAACGGGUACAGACCGCUGGAGGAACCGCGCCGCCAGCCGUUUCAGCGGCCUCUUCAGUUCCAACUCAGGAAACGGCUCUCUUGGGAAGGAGUGUGAUCGUGUGGAACAGCUGCAGAGUAAGCUAUACUCAUACACUAUGUUCGGAUUACCCAAGAUGCCUCCGCAGCUCUCGUUCCACAGAGACUCAUGGGAAGAGGAGCCCAACUUGGAGCUAGAAGAGAGCUGGAAGCAACUUCUGGAGAAUCCUGAGAUUUUAACCAGACGUCAGUGCCAUCAGCAAGAGGCCAUAUGGGAACUGCUGCAGACGGAGUCAGACUACAUCAAGAAACUGCACGUUAUUACCGAUCUGUUUCUAUGUGGCCUGCUGAACCUCCAGGAGAGCGGUUUACUAAGUGAAGUCGAACCUGUGCGUCUCUUCAGUAACAUUCAGGACAUUGUGCAACUACAUACAUCCCUGUGGUCUGAGGUCAUGUUGCCGGCAUUAGAAAAAGCCAGACAGAAUAGAACAGUGCUCGACCCCACUGAACUACAACAGGGCUUCAGUACUUUUGGUUUCAGAUUCAAGCCCUACAUCCGUUACUGCAUGGAAGAAGAGGGCUGUAUGGAAUACAUGCGCACUUUACUGAAAGACAAUGAGCUCUUCAGGAUAUACGUAACUUGGGCUGAAACUCAUAAACAGUGCAACCGGCUGAAGCUGACAGACAUGUUAGUGAAGCCUCAUCAAAGACUCACUAAAUACCCACUGCUGCUCAAGAGCGUGCUGAAAAAGACAGAUGACCCGCCAACUCGCGAGGCCAUUAACCGAAUGGUGGCUGCUGUUGAAUGCUUCAUUAACAGCGUGGACUCACAAAUGAGACAAAGGGAGGAAAAACAGAAGCUGGCUGCCAUCGCUGGACGUAUAGAGGCGUAUGAGGCCGUGGAGGGGGCCAGCGAGGAAGUAGAGAGGAUCCUCAGGGAAUAUAAUAACUUUGACCUGACCGCUCCAGUGAUGGGCGCCCCACCCGAAGAGACCCGUCAACUGCUCCUAGAGGGAGCUCUGAAGAUGAAGGAGGGUAAAGAGAGCAGGAUGGAUGUGUACUGUUUCCUGUUCACUGACGUUUUGUUGAUUACUAAACCGGUGAAGCGUGUGGAGAAAGUGAAGGUGAUCCGUCAGCCUCUCGUCAUCCAUAACGUAGUGUGCCGAGAGCUGAAAGACCCAGGAAGCUUCCUCCUUAUCUACCUCAAUGAGUUUCGCUGUGCCGUGGCCUCCUAUUGCUUUCAGGCCAACAUUGGCACUCAGGGCCGCAGCUGGAUUGAGGCCAUCUACAACGCACAGAACCAGCUCCAGAGACUUCGCUCUGAGACCCAGAGAGAUGACACAGAUGACAGAGAUGAGGAUGAGACGGAAAGCAGCAUGUCCACCUCCAGCUCUCCAUCACUGCAGCACAGAGAGUCGCUUGGCAAGAGCCUCUCUGUUUCACCAAGUCACUCCGAUGGCUCCACAGAAACUCUUUCCGUGGCUGCCAUGGAAGAAACGGAUGAGGUUGGGUCCUUGUCAACUGUUCAGACUGCAUCGUUGAGAAAUUCCCUGCUGUCUGAUUCUUCAAGUCUGCGGGAUUCUUUCUCUGCUAGUGACAGCAAAACUCUGGGCGAUUUGGUCACGACGGACUUGGAUGCAGAAAGUCGCUCUCUUUCUAUAGACAGUGCGUAUGGAACUCUCUCGCCUCAGUCCCUGAUCACAGAACUUGAAUUAAAGGGAGCGGUUUGCCAGAGCGAGGGAGAAGAGACCGAUGCUGGGGAGGAAGAGGAGGCAUUUGAGGACGAUGAAGAUGGUGAUGAGGAGGAUUCGAUAACUUGGAAUGGCUCUCAGAUUACUGUAAAUGAGUCCUAUGUUUUAGAUCAUGACCAUGCAAACAAUGAGAAGCUCGGGCAGAAGAAUGACUUUUCUGGGAUGUCUCAGGUCACGGGUUGUCGUUCCCAAACGCUGCGGCGCCGUUCGCCCGUCCAGCCCCGCCCAGACUACCUGCAGCUCUUUACCCUCAGGUCACGCUCCGAAGAUGACCUCCUUCAAUGCCUCACCGGUCCUCUCCGCCCCUCUGGCAGGAACAACGUAAGCAAGAGCUUGACACACCUCGCCAAACAGACGUCUCAUAGCGCUGAGUUUUUCCAGACGGACGAGGAAGACCUCUGUGAGGACUCCAAAGAAUUGUCGAGCAAACUGACGAACACUCUUAUGAGAGCAGAGGCCAGGCAUGUGCAAAGGACCCUCAGCUGUCCCAAUGGCCAGGCAGACUGUGAGAUUACAGAGAUUGAGACACUCCCUCCUGGUGAUCUGGAGGAAAAGAGCGACUUGGUGCUUUCCCAGCAGCCACAUCAGCAGCAUAAAAAACUAACAGUGGCUCAGUUGCACAGGAUACGUGCUACCAUGGUGCUCAAUUCAACACUGACAGCAUCGGAAGUUUAAUGUUUGAGUCAAUGAAGCUGAUGCCAUUAGCUGGUCUAUUGGUGGGACUUAUUAUCUUUGGUCCAAGACUUCAUCUUCAAAGACGUGUACCCAAACUCAGUGACAGGAAGAAAACCAGGAAGAACUCUGUGGAACUCUCGGUUAAAAGCCAUGACCAUAAUUCAGUAAUUUAAUAUUAACUAUAAAGUUGAAGGGUCAUAUAUACAAAGACAUACAUUUUGUAUAAUACCUGUCUGACAAUGAAUCAAAGAGACUUGAGUUAAUCCAUUUUUAUUUAACGAUGCAACGGUCAGUGCUUUUGCAGAGUAAAAGGGACAGAAAAAGAAUCAUGUUCUAACUUGUACUUCAUGCAAUACUGCCUGUGGAGGUCUGUCGUCACAAAAAGUAUGAAUAUAAACUCUAAAGCACUCUUAAUCCUUGAAUGAAUUGUUUGAUGAACAGAAAAAUAGGAUUUGACCUCUGAGUCCUAAGGGCUUUUUGCUAGAUGAUGUAGCUCCUGAAACGCCUAAAAUAGAUUGACUCUUUUAGGUUGUAGGAAUUUACUGAAUCACACUUGUGAAAAAAAAAAAAAAAAUCAAAAAAGAACAACUAUGGACUACUUUCGCUUCAGACGCCACAAUAAAAAUCAACUUGCAUGCAUUUGUUUGUUUUUUAGUGUUCUGUAAAUAUGGUAUUUAUUGAACCUGCUUUGUUUUGUAGAAAAUAUCCUUAUUGUUGAUGCCUUUUGAUUGUUAUGUCUCUUUUUGGCACUGUCUCUAAUUUGACUAUUGACAUCAUAAUAAGGGCUGAAUCCAUGUCUUGGAUUUUAUCAGUUUACAUAUGUGUGUAGCUUCAAUAUUUACAGGUAACAAAUUUGCACAGUGCUCCCCCCCAAAAAAAGAAAAGAAAGAAAAAACCCACAAACUUCCAAUUAAAAUGCUUCAAAUGCCAAAUCCA